AUGGGGAAGAUCACCUUCUACGAGGACCGGGGCUUCCAGGGCCGCUGCUAUGAAUGCAGCACCGACUGCCCCAACCUGCAGACCUACUUCAGCCGCUGCAACUCCAUCCGCGUGGACAGCGGCUGCUGGAUGCUCUAUGAGCGCCCCAACUACCAGGGCUACCAGUACUUCCUGCGGCGGGGCGACUACCCCGACUACCAGCAGUGGAUGGGCCUCAGCGACUCCAUCCGCUCCUGCCGCCUCCUUCCCCACCAGACCGGCUCCCACAGGAUGCGACUCUAUGAGAGAGAAGACCACAAGGGCCUCAUGAUGGAGCUGAAUGAGGACUGCUCCUGCAUCCAGGACCGCUUCCACCUCAGUGAGGUGCGCUCGCUCCACGUGCUGGAGGGCUGCUGGGUCCUCUAUGAGAUGCCCAACUACCGGGGCCGCCAGUACCUGCUGAGGCCCCAGGAGUACAGGCGCUACCACGACUGGGGCGCCAUGGACGCUAAGGCAGGCUCUUUGAGGAGGGUGAUGGAUUUAUACUAAAAUAGGUUAACACUACCAUUUUCUCAUUUUGGAACCUAAUAAAGUAUUUAGUCUGUAUUGUUGGCAAA